UGUAAGGACAACCUGCGUGAACAACUGUGAGAGAAAAGGCAGCAUUUUCCCUUACCAUGGCUGGAACAAAGGAUCUUUUGAUGCUGGAAAACUUCAUAGGUGGACAGUUUUUACCAUGUCAUUCAUAUAUAGAUUCUUAUGAUCCAUCUACUGGAGAAGUAUAUUGCAAAGUACCAAAUAGUGGAAAAGACGAGGUUGAAGUGGCGGUGGAGGCUGCCAGAGGGGCCUUUCCUGGCUGGUCUUCCCAGAGUCCGGAGAAACGUGCUCAAGUCCUGAAUCGGCUAGCUGACUUGCUGGAGCAGUCCCUGGAGGAGCUGGCCCAAGCAGAAUCUAAAGACCAAGGGAAAACGCUCACGCUGGCUAGAACCAUGGACAUUCCCCGCUCGGUACAGAACUUCCGGUUCUUUGCUUCCUCCAUUCUGCAUCACACCACCGAGUGCACGCACAUGGACCACCUGGGCUGUCUGCACUACACGCUGCGGACCCCCGUGGGAAUUGCUGGUCUGAUCAGCCCUUGGAAUUUGCCUCUCUACCUGCUGACCUGGAAGAUAGCUCCAGCCAUUGCUGCUGGGAAUACUGUGAUAGCCAAGCCCAGUGAGCUGACGUCUGUAACUGCGUGGAUGUUGUGCAAACUCUUGGAUAAAGCAGGUGUUCCACCAGGUGUGGUCAAUAUUGUCUUUGGAACAGGGCCCCGGGUAGGUGAGGCCCUGGUGUCCCACCCCGAGGUACCCUUGAUCUCCUUCACUGGGAGCCAGCCCACAGCUGAGCGGAUCACCCAGCUGAGUGCUCCCCACUGCAAGAAGCUCUCUUUGGAGCUCGGGGGCAAGAAUCCUGCCAUCAUUUUUGAGGAUGCCAACCUGGAGGAAUGUAUUCCAGCAACCGUCAGAUCCAGCUUUGCCAACCAGGGUGAAAUCUGUCUCUGUACCAGUAGGAUCUUUGUUCAGAAGAGCAUCUAUUGUGAAUUUUUAAAGCGGUUUGUAGAAGCUACCAGAAAGUGGAAAGUUGGCAUUCCUUCUGAUCCAUCAGCCAGCAUGGGUGCUCUGAUAAGCAAACCACAUUUGGAGAAGGUCAGAAGUUAUGUCAAGAAAGCUCGAGCCGAAGGGGCCCAAAUUCUGUGUGGUGAGGGGGUGGAUAUGCUGAGCCUUCCCCCCAAGAAUCAGGCAGGCUACUUCAUGCUUCCCACAGUGAUAACGGACAUUAAGGAUGAGUCUUGCUGCAUGAAGGAAGAGAUAUUUGGUCCAGUGACGUGUGUGGUCCCCUUCGAGAGUGAAGAAGAAGUGAUUAAAAGAGCCAACAGUGUUGAAUACGGUCUGGCAGCUACUGUGUGGUCAAGCAAUGUGGGGCGCAUCCACCGGGUGGCAAAGAAGCUACAGUCAGGCUUGAUCUGGACCAACUGCUGGCUCAUCAGGGAGCUGAACCUACCUUUUGGAGGGAUGAAGCACUCUGGGAUAGGAAGAGAGGGAGCCAAGGACUCUUAUGACUUCUUCACAGAAAUCAAAACCAUCACUGUGAAACACUGACCUUCCCCUGAACUGGUGCCUACUGGUAGAAAAUCAGCCAUCCAUUGAGGUGUGAGGUGAUCCUGAGACACAUCACACCGUGCCUUGCUUACAGGAGGCUAGCUCUAGCUAGCCUCUGUGUGUGUAUUCUGCUAGCUGGUGAAGAGCUGCUAUGUAUUUCAAUGUGGUCACAGAGAAGAGAUGUCUGUAUAGGACAACAUACCAAGGAAGCCAGAUUGUCAUUGGUCUUCCCCACAUUAUGCCCCAUAGUGUUUUUGCCAUUUUGGUUUACUUCUUUACAUUUUGAUUUACUUACAAAUAGAAAAAUACAAAGCCAAAGGGAAGGUAGAAAAACACAAAGCCAAAGGGAAGGUAGAAAAAAAUACAAAGCCAAAGGGAAAUAAUCUGCACUAAUUUCCUACCAAUGAAGAGAUUAUAUGAUAGUCCCCUAACCAUAUUAGUCUCCAGCCAGGCUCAUUGAUAGUCGUCCCUAUCUCAUUACACAGAGAGGAAGUGUAUGUCUACAAAGUCUGCUAGGGAAGGGCUAUAUGGUAAGUCAUGCUUACUAUCUCCAACAGCCUCACAGCUGCCUUAAGUUACACCCUAGAAGCAGUUGAAAUAUUUGUGCUCUCUAGCACAUAUCACACAGCUGGCUGUUCAUCAAGUGUUGAGAAUUUGCCUAAUCGUAUCAUUGGCCAAAGAUGAGCAGAUGUGCCAUCUCCAUGCAUUGAUUAUGACUUUCCCUUCCCACACCUCCUCCCCUUCCUCCUCCACAUUCCUCUGUCCAGUCUUACCCAUGGAUCUAUCAUUACACGCCAACCUCAUCUUAUAAUGCAAUGAACUCCAGGGUGACUCAACAAUUUUCCACCAAGUUUGGAAAAAUACUCAUCAAAAUGUUAAGGACGGCUAUAUUGUCACUGAAUCAUAAUGAGCUAGAUUGCCAGAGUGCCUGGGUUCAUCCUGGGCCAGCUCUCUCCCCUGGUCCAGAUAGACAACUGAGGCACAGAGAGGUUUACUGUCUUGCCAAAGAUCUUAUAGCAAAAGCUCUCCCAGAGUGCAGUUGGGACACAGGACAUAAUGAACACCCAGAAGUACACAAACAUUGAAGAGCUAGAGGUUUUCUGAGGACAAUGAAAAAAUUACUGUAAAUUCCAAUAAGUGUUCUGGAGUUCCCACCCACAUAGAAUAAACAGCAGGCCUUUCUCUCCACUGAGGGCAAGAUAUGGGUGAAAAAAUGUUCUUGAUUAAUGUUGACAGAAUAGAAUUUAUACGUGAAACAAGACAUCUUUUAACGCUUUGAGUUCAGACACUGAAUGGCCAGAGUUGAGUUGGAAUCCCGCCUCUAAAAGACUCUAAAGUCAGGUGGUGUUUGUGUCCUGGGCAUUUGGUUUGCUGGAUAGGAAACAGUCUGAUUCUGUGCAGUUUCAGUGUUAUCCCUAGGGCUGCGGGGCUCUGUGGUUCUUGCUGCCCGUUUCCUGUGUAGGAGCAGGUUCCUGGGGGGGGGGGGUGCAUAGAGCUCUUGUGCUUCAGCAUGGCAUGAAGGGCCCUCAUGCCAGAUAACAAGGACCACCCCUGGGAAAUAACAGCUUAUGAAUUUCCAAGCAGGAGAAAUCUGAUUUUCACGCAUCAUCCUUGAGAAAUCAAAGCAUGUGAAAAAUCACUGAGAUAGAUAAAAAUGCUAAAAUCGGUA